GGAACGUGAAUCAACCCAUGAAAAAAGAAGAGCGCCCAAAAAUAAACAAUAAACAAUAAACAAAUAUAUAAAACACAGGUGUUUGGUUGAAAAUCGAGUGAUCCAAGAAAGGAGCUCGUCCCGUAAUAAACAAACAAGUUAAAAGGAGGAAGGAUUUAUUGUGAGAUAUCUGAGAUUCAAUCAGAAUUCACAACCCACCGACGUGAAAUCAGGUCUUCGAAAAUCAUCUUUUGGACACCUGAUUUCAGUUCCUCUUUUUUUUUCUCAACUUAUAACACUACGCAACAAUUUCCUUAUUCAUUAUUCAUUCAUUCAUUCAUUCAUUAUUAAUACAACACAGGGAGGGAUAGAGAGAGGAAGAAAUGGGUUGCUCGUUCUCUGGUUUAAAUGCAUUAUACACCUCUGUGAACGGAGGAGGUGAUGUUUGGAUCAACGAAAACCGUUUCCGAAUCUUGAGACAGCUCGGAGAAGGUGGCUUCGCUUACGUUUACCUCGUUAAGGAGCUUCCCAAUGAAUCUGCUACCGGCGGUCUUGCUAAUAAAAUCAAAGACUCCUCUCAUAUCUCCGAUGAUGGAUCUUAUGCUAUGAAAAAGGUCCUUAUUCAGAACAGUGAGCAGCUGGAGUUGGUUAGAGAGGAGAUCCGCGUCUCUUCACUGUUUAGUCACCCCAAUCUCCUCCCGCUUCUUGAUCAUGCAAUAAUUUCUGUUAAGCCUACUCCAGAAACAUCUUGGAGCCAUGAAGCAUACUUGUUAUUUCCAGUUCAUUUGGAUGGAACAUUGCUAGACAAUGCCAAAACAAUGAAAGCCAAGAAGGAACACUAUACUACCUCAGAUGUUCUUCAAAUAUUUCGGCAGCUUUGUGCAGGACUUAAGCACAUGCACAGUUUAGAUCCUCCAUAUGCACACAAUGAUGUCAAACCUGGUAAUGUUCUCAUAACACACAGAAAAGAACAACCACCACUCGCCAUACUGAUGGAUUUUGGUAGUGCUCGUCCUGCAAGGAAGCAGAUUAGCUCCAGAUCAGAGGCACUCCAGUUGCAGGAAUGGGCAUCUGAACAUUGCUCUGCUCCUUUCCGAGCCCCUGAGCUGUGGGAUUGCCCAAGCCAUGCUGAUAUAGAUGAGAGGACUGACGUUUGGUCACUAGGAUGCACAUUAUAUGCAAUAAUGUAUGGGGUAUCUCCGUUUGAAUAUGCACUUGGAGAGUCUGGUGGAAGCCUGCAAUUGGCUAUUGUAAACGCUCAGGUCAAAUGGCCAGCUGGACUUAAACCUUCAUAUCCAGAAGCUCUUCAUCAGUUUGUUUCAUGGAUGCUUCAGCCUCAAGCUGCUAUGAGGCCCCGGAUAGACGAUAUCAUCAUCCAUGUUGAUAAGCUGGUUGCAAAGUUCUCUCAAUGAGUUUAUGUAGGGAACAGUGUGGCAUGGUCGCACUUUGCAGCCGUUAAAAAAACAUGUGUAACUGCAUUUAUUGAUGGAUCUAGAAGCAGCAAUAGUUCAUCGACCCACAGAGUUAACCGUAUCUGUAUCUUUUUCGAUUUUGGUGUUAGUCUAGAUAGUUGGGUGUUGGGAUUAUUAAAAGAUGGUUUGUUAUUUUCACAUAAUUUUGUCUCUUGUAAUUUAUGAAAUGGCCGAUCUCCCUGUGUCUUCAGAAUUUAUGCGCAUAUAAAUGGGAUAUAAUUAUUUAUUCAAA